AUGGAAAACAAAAAUUGCAUGUUUUUUUCUGAUCUGGUAGCUGGUCAACGAAAUGCAAAAUUGAAAGUUCGAGUUGCAAGGAUGUGGAACUCAAGAAAUGCAAAAUUGGAUGAUCUGUUCAUGAGUCUUGAUCUUCUAUUGUUAGAUGAAAAGGGUCAUUCUAUGCUUGGUACUAUUACAGUUGAGGAUGUUGAACACUUUAGAUCUCUACUGAUUGAGGGGAAUGUUUAUCACUUGAGUGAUCUAAUGAUUAUUCCAGCAAGAAAAAAUUACAAGCAAACUUCAAAUGAGAACAUGAUUCAGUUCUUCGGACAUACAAAAAGCUUUGAAGUUGGUUGUGUUGUCAUCCAUGAAUUUUUCUUUAUUCAUGAAGGAAAACCUACUUUGAAUAGCACAUCUACUAUAAAAAUAUAUCUUAACUUGAACAUUCCAGAGGUUGACGAAUUUCAUCACAGGUUUUUCUCAAUUCUAUUGCAUACCUUCCAGAUAACAAUAUCAUCAAAAUUUGCAUCCUAUGGUGCAACACCAUUUAAAGUGACUCAAAUACUCAAAGAUGAAACUAAAGAGCGUGCAACAACUCGAGAUGUUACUACUACAGCUUCAGAUUCAGACGAUCUCUCAAUUGCACAUUACAUAGCACAAUCACUAGAAGAGACAUCAAAGUUUUCUCCAACAGUAGUAUCAAAACAACCAAAGCCGAGCUCUUCUAUCAAAAUACAAGAAACAACUCCAAAAAAACCAAGAAGCAAGAGAUCCAUUGCUUCUAGCUUUGGGAAAGGGAAGAAGCCAAUGUGCUCGAGCACAUGA